UACAGUACGUCGCGUCGUCAGAUCGAGAAUCAAUUGUGUCGUGUUCCGAAUGUUUAGAGUACCGGUGUGUUUCGUGUGAAAACGUGGAAAAAGUGUGGAAAAUCCACUGCCGACUUCUACAUACAACGGAUGCAGAAACGAUGUCCAGUGGGUAGAUAAAUGCGAUGGAUCAGGGACAUCGGUUCGUCGUUCCAAUCGAACCAAUUGCAAAUAGAUAAACUCGUACAGGGUGUUAUACGAUUAAUAAAUUUGCCUUCCGAGAGAAAAUCGAUCAAACUGACAGUGGAUUAAAUACACAUCUGUACGAGAUAUACAGCAAUAAACAACCUUCACUGACCCAGGCCCAGGCCCACCAAAUUCCAUUGAGUUCACUCUUGUGAAUUUGAUGCAAAUUUUAGGUCUACGCUUCAGUACCAGGAGGUGCUGAUGUCGCCUCUCUUGUAGGGAUACCAACCUCUCGGCGAACCCACGGCAAAGGGAAACACGAAUAAGACUCAAAUAUGAAGGUUGAAUUAUAUAACGAUAUUGUAGCAUCUAUUCGAAAAUUUCGAGGUUUAUCAAAGGACUGUAGAGACAUGUUAAAGGAAAAAUAUAGCGAGAUUCCAGUAAACACACUGUAUAGUAUACUGUCUUUAGAAAUACAACAUAAGAUGAAAGUUAAUCAUAGCAAAUUAUUUGGCAACAACAAAAAUUAUUAUGAUACUUAUGUAGAAGCUGUACAGAGUGGUGAACCAGUUGGGAUUUUAUUAAAAAUGGCAAAGGACAUUGGAGCACCUCCUGCAUUGUUAGCUAGGAAUAUUCUUGAAAAGCACUGUGGAAAAGAUGAUCCUAAUUUUUCUAGAAAUGAAGUCAGUAAAUUGUUUAAGGACACUACUCUCAUUCAAGAUAAAGAUCUUGCAUAUGAAAUUUAUUUGUGUAUAUUAUAUGACAAUUUGUAUGGACCUAUAGCAGAUGCUAUUGGAAUUUCUGUAGGUCAAGAGUAUGAGUUAAAAUUACAAAACUUUUUAACGGAACGAAAUCUCUCGUUUCGUAAUGAAGAACAUUUGCGAUCACGAGGUUACGACAAAACUCCCGACUUUAAACUUGAAGUACCAAUCGCGGUAAAUGGUUUUGUAAUUAAUUGGAUAGAAUCUAAAGCACGAUUUGGAAAUAUAGAGAUACAUCAAAAGUAUAUUAAGGAACAAUUUUUAAGCUAUUGGAAUAGAUUUGGGCCAGGACUUGUAAUUUACUGGUUUGGAUUCUUAGAUAACUUAACAAAACCUAGCGAAAAAAGGUUUAUCAUUAUGGAUCACUUUCCAGAAAAUAUUACAUACAUGGAUCCUAGUUGUAUUAAACCUACAGCUUGCUGAUUGUAAUGUAAUUUACAUAUGUGACAUCAAAUAUAUAUUUGUACUUAAACUAUGAUUAAAUUAAUGAGCUACCGAGAUUCCAUCGGUAUGUAAAAUGUAAAAAAUUCCGACACCUGUAAAAAUACUAUUUACAGCACGUGUAUUAUUUUAUGAAAUUUUGUAUGUACAUUAUUUUAAAUAUACUAGAUAUGUAUUAACGUUUAA